GUCUGUGCAUAAAAAAACAAAAUGUCACAGCACAGUUUACGAAAUGGUUGUUUGUUGUUUUUCAGUUUUUUCCAUUGAAUUUUAUAAUUAAUUCGUUGUUUCAAUUCAGAAAAAGGGAUUUCUAGUAUUUUUUUCUUUUCUGUGAAUCCAUUGUAAACGCUUUACUGGCUCUCCUACCCACGAGAUGGUGCAAUCUCAGUUUUCACUUACUUGGGAGUCCUACAAAUCGAGUAUUUGUAAAGGUUUUAGCUCUUUACAACAGAAUGGCGAAUUUGUCGACAUGACCCUCGCGGCUGAUGGUCACUAUGUAAAGGUCCAUCAAGUUUUAAUAGCCUUGGCUAGCCCAUAUUUAAAGGAGCUUAUUUCAUCAGCUCCGUGUCAACAUCCUGUAUUGUUUUUAAAUAAUGUAUCACACAGUACAUUAUCCUUACUUCUGAUGUAUAUUUACACUGGCGAAGUGAUGGUGCCGUCUGACAAUUUAGCAGCCUUUGCAGAAGCUGCCAAAUCACUUCACAUUAAGGGAUUAGAAAAUCUUACUGGCUAUGACAGUAUGACCCUCAAAGUUGCUGAGAAUCUGUCUCAAAUGGAAGAAGGAGACAUAUGUCAUGUUAGUGGAAUCAAAAGCAUGAAUAUUCCUACAAAAGAAGGAGCUAAACAGAUUGGUUUGCCAGCUGCUGCUAGAAAGAUAAUCAUUAAAAAAGAGACUCCACUAAUACAAACUGCUGAUGUGCAUAGAAAAAUUGAACCAGCUCAAGGAGCAACAGCUGAACCCCAAUAUGUUGAAAUAGAUAUCAUGGAAGAUAAUGUGGCGCAAGAUUCUGAUGAUGAUUUCAAGACUGAUGAUUUUACAAAACCAACGGAGAAGACAGAUCCUGACAUAGCAGAUACGCCGUCAUCGAACCUGCAGUUUACCGUAUCAAUUCGAGGCUCCCUGCAAAUAAUUCUGAACCGCUACAUUUACAAUCUGCACUCGAGCAAACAACGAAACGGGAUCCGGCGCUGGCGUUGCGUUGACUACCGAAACCAUAAAUGCAAGGCUUUCGUUGUUACCAAAGGAAACGUAGUCUUAAACAGAGCGAAUCUUCACAACCACUCGUUUCAUGACAAGAAAAUACUCUCGAAAAUAGAAAAGAAAGCGGUUUACUCUGCGUUAGACGAAGUAUAUGGCUACAAAGAAAAAGAAGAGGCAAAAAUGACGGAAAAUGAUGCUUCAAUGGAUCAAGACGACUUCAACAUGCUCGACGACUUUGGUACGGGAAUGAACGACAUGACGGAUAAUAAUAAAAAUGAAUUUAUCAAAGACAAAAUAAAUUAGUUCUUUCUUA